AUGGCGAUGUACAACAACAAAGUUCGUCGCCUGUUGAGAAAGUUUGUUAAGCAUGAGGAUACGAUCUAAUCAGUGACAAGUACAACUUUGACAGGAGCAGUACAGAAAUCUCACAUUUACGGCCAUGUCGGACGAACGCCGUGCCCUGCUUCCUCGUAGAAAUGGAGAACAUUUAUUGGGCCCAACCCGGACUCAAAACAGUUUGUGCUCUGUUCGAACUGCUUGUGGGGCGAUACUAUUGUCAGUCGUUUUUGAAAGACUGGCGUUCUAUGCUCUUGCUGGUAACCUAGUGUUAUUUCUCAACGACCAACCGUUCACAUGGGAGUCUUAUCAUGCGAUGAACGCUUCGUUUUAUUUUCUAGGGCUGUCAUUUGUGACCUCGUUAUUCGGCGGAUGGCUGGCCGAUUCAGUGUUCGGACGAUUCAAGGCAAUUAUAGUGGCGUUGAUAAUAUACAUCGUUGGGUAUGUCUUCAUGCCCCUUUUGUCUCCAAAGGACGACAGCAAUUCAAUAUAUUUACCAGACGUCUGCCGAAUCCAUAUCCACAACAUCACUCCUAUUAUGCCUAAAAACCACACACAGGAAUUUGAUCUCAGUGACUCAGACUCCGAUGACAAGAAUCCCUUUGAUGAAAAGUGUGCCUGGCUCAUCUACAUUGUGUUGACGAUCAUUGCUGUGGGAAAUGGUUCAUUUAAAGCAAAUAUUGCUCCGUUUGGAGCAGACCAGGUGAACCAGGAAGGGCAUCAGACAACGCUUGGUUUCUUCAACUGGUUCUACUGGUGUGUGAACCUCGGCGCCUUCAUCGGGCUGCUGGCCAUCACCUGGGUGGAACAGAUGAAGAGCUUCUUCUAUGGCUACCUCUCCGCCUGUGUCUGUCUGUCUGUGGGGGCCAUCGUCUUUGUUAUGGGUGGCUGUUGUUACAUACGACGGCCAGCUGCAGGAAGUAUUCUGACGAACAUUUUCCGAAUCAUCCGUGAAGCUUUUCGGAUGCGACGCCGAAGGAGGCGGGAUUACCGCACAAAGUCCAUGACAGGUGGAAAGAUGGUUGAUGAGGCCGAGCCCAGCCAUGAGAGGCUGAGUUUCCUGGACUAUGCCAAACAUCGGCAUGGUGGAGUAUUCCAUGACUCCCUCGUGGAGGAUGUGAAGGAGCUGAAGAAGAUCCUGUGUGUUUUUGCUGUCCUCAUCCCUUACUGGAUGGUGUACUUCCAGAUGCAGACAACGUUUCUGGUUCAGGGCCUACAUAUGAAACUGAUGAUUCACCGGAACGAGUCUAACACUAGACCACCACACACACAGCUGGUGGUCGCCUGGUUCUCCUUGUUCGAUGUUGUCUUCCUCAUCCUGCUGCUUCCGCUGUUUGACCGAGUCAUCUACCCUCGUCUCGCUAGGGCCGGACACCCCUUCGGAAUGACCAAGCGUAUCAUUGUCGGAAUGGUGUUUGCAAUGGUGGCAAUGAUAGUGGCUGGAGUGGUGGAGAACUACCGACUGAAGGCGUUCUGGCCGUAUCCUGAUCAACCAUGCACAAACAAUUCCAUAAUACAGACAAUUGGAACGACAACGUAUCAAGCUGCAGAUAUGAGCAUCCUUUGGCAAAUCCCUCAGUAUGCUUUGAUAGGCACCAGUGAGGUGUUCACCAGCGUGGCAGGUCUCCAGUUCGCCUACUCCAUGGCCCCCAAGUCAAUGAAGGGCAUCAUCAUGGGACUGUUCUACCUCUCCUCCGGAAUCGGCAGCUUCCUCGGUACCGCCAUCAUCUCCGGCUUCUACAGCACAGGAACGUGGUUCCACUCCUCCGAUUAUGGUGACAUCAACUGCCGUCUGCCCUGCACGGACAAGAAAAGUUUUAAUCAAGCCUGUCACCUCGACUACUACUUCUACCUGCUGGCUGGAGUGGAGCUAGUGGGACUUAUCUUGUUCAUUGUUGUAGCCAAAGUGUUUAAACUGGGUGUAGAGACCCAAGAAAGAUUACAAACAAAUUCCCCAGUGACUUUUCAGUCAGAAGCAACUAUGAACAAUGCCAAAGAUGGACGUCAUUCCAUCCAGAGAACGACGUCUGACAUGUCAUCUUAGCAUUGUGUGUAUAUCGGCAUGAUGAAGGGAGUGGAAGAUCUUCAUUUUGUGUAAAUGGAGUGUUUGCCGUUGAAGAUGUUGUUGAACUGGAUCAGAAGCCAGGAAAGCUGGACUUUUCAUUAUGUGUGAAUGAUCUGAUCGAGACAAAUGUUAGGUUCAAGGAAGGUGAUAUAUUCGUGUGUUGUUCAAUAUAGACAAACUUUAUGAAUCACAGCUUCUUUAUUUCAUGAGUGUGACUUUCAGAUACAGAUUCUUGUACCACUGUGUAUAUAUGAUUAUUGAAUAUCACAUAGUAAUUGAGAAAAGUUCAGUCUGUUCUAGGGCUGGGCUGGGUCCAAAUUUUCUACCCGGGUACCCCACCCCCAAUUCCCCUACCCUACCCUGAUACCCAUUAUGUUAAUUCCUGACAUCAAAUUUGUAAGA